AACAACAACAACAACAACAGCACAACGAAGCCAUCCCAGAACGGCGUUGCAGCACACCCAAUCCAAUCGCAUCGCAUCGUAUUUCAUUCCAUUCCAUACCACCCCGAUCAGAAUGCCCACCAGCGGGGACGACGAGGGCUCUGCCGAAGCCACAACGAGGGCCRGCAACGGCGGUCGCGAUCGCGGCAGCCGGCGGGGGGACGAUCGCUCCGGUUCGGCUUCCGGCGGCGAGACCGACCCGGGGGAAGACCGGGGGCACAAGCGCCGCAGCCGAAGCCGCCGCGACCGAUCCGAAAAGCGGCGCAGGCGCAAGAAACACCGCGGCAAGAGCCGGAGGAGGAGCCGCCGGAGGGACGACGACGACGACGAAUACAGCUCGGAUUCCUCGGUCUCCUUUUCCGACGAUUCGCGGUCGUGCUCGAGCUCGAGUCGGUCGUCCUACAGCGACAGCGACAGCGGCGACGAGAGGAAAAGGCGGCGAAAGAGGCACCGGUCCGAGAAACGAGACAAGAGGGAGAAAAAGAAGAAGCGCAAGAAAGAUUCCGGAUCCAAAAAGAAGAAACGGGACAGGGGCGACGACGACCGCCGGAGCAGGAAGAAAAAGAAAAAGAAGUCGGACAGGGACAGGGACGGCGGCAGCGGGGACGAACGGGACCACACCGGACCCCCGGUCUUUGGAAAAUACGGCCUCAUCAAGCUCUCGGAUCUCCCCCAGAAGCAGAGGAGCUUCGAGGUGUGGCUCGAGGAGGUCAAGGGAGUGGGGGGCUUCAACGGCCCCAAGUGGGAGCUGCACAACUACUUCAAGGAAUACGCGGAAGACUACAACACGGCCACGAUGCCGCACGUAAAGUACUACGACUACGACAAGUGGGAAAUGGAGGAAUACGAAAAGAAGAAGCGAGCGGCCGAGGCCGCCGCCGCCGGGGAGGGGGGGACCUCCUCGGCCCGGCAGAGGGAGGCCCUACACCUGCAGAGGCAGCAGGAGGCCGCCGCCGCCAAGCGCAGGGACGAGCUCGGCCUGGUCCGGAGCACGAUGAACGCCGAAAAGAUAAGGGAAAUGAAGCGCAAGAAGCAGCUGCAGGCGGAAAUGGAGCACGCCUUCAAGACCGGGGACCGGGCGAACUACCUAAGGCUCAAGAAACGGCUCGAGCCCGAGGAGAAGUAGGGAAAGCGCGGCACUGCACAACACAACACGGCACCCAUCCCGUACCCCACCGCAAUGCCGGUGGCACCUCUGACCGCGGUCGUGCCCGCAAGAAUCCUUUGACAAGCUCCCGUAGAAAUACUGGGCUGCAAGCACUCGUGGCAAAAAAAAGUGUCGCACUAGCGCUAACAUGAAGUUAAG